GAAGCAUGUUAAAAAUGAGGAGGACGAUGAAAGUCCUGAAAAGACAAAACAGAAGGAUUGUCAUGACAUGCCCAUGAAGGAAAAGGAAAAGGAAGAGAAAAAGAAAAAGAAAAGAAAGAAGCCAGAGACUACGUCAGAAUCUGAGUCCAAAUCUGAGUCAGAAUCUGAAUCGGACUCUGACUCUGAAUCAAAGGACAAUCAAAUAGUGGGAGUUUUGGGGUCUCUGACCCCAGAGGAGCUGGAGAAGUUAAAAGAAGCAGUGGAGGAAAGGAAAAAGCUAAUCACCACACUGAGAGGAAAACCCUGGCCCAUGAAGAAAAAACUAGUUAUCCUUAGGGAGUCACAGGAGUUUGUGGAAAAAUACGAAGGGGCUCUGGGAAAGGGUAAAGGCAGGAAACUCUACGCCUAUAAGGUCAUGAUGAUGAAGAAAUGGAUGAAGUUUCGACGCGACCUUGAGAACUUCACGACUGCCUGUAUCCCGUGGGAGAUGAAGAUAAAGGAAAUCGAAAGUCAUUUUGGUUCAUCAGUUGCUUCUUACUUCAUAUUUCUGAGGUGGAUGUAUGGCAUCAAUAUGAUUUUAUUUGGACUGACAUUUGGGCUAGUAAUGGUUCCAGAGGCUCUUAUGGGGAAACCAUAUGGUAGUUUGCCCAGGAAGACAGUGCCCAGAGAGGAAGAGGCCAGUGCUAUGAAUUUUGCAGUUUUAUGGGAUUUUGGGGGCUAUGCUAAGUACUCUGUCCUCUUCUACGGCUACUACAAUAACCAGCGGGCCAUUGGGUGGCUCAAGUUCCGCAUGCCGCUGUCCUACUUCCUGGUGGGAGUGGGUACAGUGGCGUAUAGCUACAUGGUGGUAAUCAGGACUAUGGCCCGCAAUGCCAAUGAAGAAGGUGGCGGAGAUGACACCAGCUUUAAUUUCAGCUGGAAGACAUUUACUAGUUGGGAUUACCUCAUUGGAAAUCCUGAGACAGCAGACAACAAGUUUGCUUCCAUCACCACAAGUUUUAAGGAGGCCAUUGUGGAGGAGCAAGAGAGCAGAAAAGAUGACAACAUCCACCUGACAAGAUUCCUUAGAGUGCUGGCCAACUUCCUGGUGCUCUGCUGUCUGGCAGGGAGUGGGUACUUAAUCUACUUUGUAGUACGCAGGUCUCAGAAGUUUGCUCUGGAGGGACUGGAGAACUACGGCUGGUGGGAGAGGAAUGAGGUGAACAUGGUGAUGUCUCUGUUGGGAAUGUUUUGUCCGAUGCUGUUCGACGUGAUCAGCACUUUAGAGAACUAUCAUCCGCGCAUCGCCCUCCAGUGGCAGCUGGGGCGCAUAUUCGCCCUUUUCCUGGGGAACCUCUACACGUUCAUCAUCGCUCUAAUGGAUGCCAUACAACUAAAGAGGGCAGAAGAGGAGAUAGUGAAGAAGAAUAUGACAAUCUGGCAGGCUAACUUGUACAACGGGACUGUGCCAGACAACUCAACUGCUCCUCCGGUCACAGUGCACCCUGCUGAUGUUCCUAGAGGGCCUUGCUGGGAGACAAUGGUUGGACAGGAGUUUGUUCGUCUCAUCAUUUCUGAUACAAUGACAACUUACAUCACUCUGCUUAUUGGGGAUUUCCUCCGAGCUGUAUUGGUGCGAUUCCUAAACAACUGCUGGUGCUGGGAUCUGGAGUAUGGCUUUCCGUCCUAUUCAGAGUUUGACGUCAGUGGGAAUGUUCUGGGGCUGAUUUUCAAUCAGGGAAUGAUCUGGAUGGGGGCGUUCUACGCUCCAUGUCUUCCAGCAUUAAAUCUUCUCCGGCUUCACGUAUCCAUGUACCUGCAGUGUUGGGCGGUGAUGUGUUGUAAUGUGCCUCAGGAACGGGUCUUCAAAGCUUCCGGCUCCAAUAACUUCUACAUGGCUAUGCUGCUGGUCAUCCUCUUCCUCUCUACACUGCCAGCUAUAUACACCAUUGUCUCCAUUCCUCCCUCUUUUGACUGUGGACCUUUCAGUGGGAAAAAUCGCAUGUUUGAUGUGAUUCAGGAGACACUGGAGUCAGACUUCCCUCCCUGGUUCGGUAAAGUGUUCAGUUACGCCUCGAACCCCGGACUGGUGCUGCCCUUUCUUCUGCUCUUGGUUCUUGCGAUUUAUUAUCUGCAGUCCACUUCUAAAACAUACAAAAGGGUAAACAUGGAGCUGAAAAAGAAACUUCAAACACAAAAUGAGGAAAACAAGAAAAAGAACAAACUUGCAGCCUUAAAAGCAGCCAAUGAACUGGAGCAGGCGAAGAAAGCAGGAGAGCAACACAGCAACAGCGCCUCCGAUUUGGGAGUGAAUGAAGAAAGCAGCAGCAUUGAUGAAACAGGGGAACACAGACAAGCUGGACAGAACGGUGACUUUAUUCACCCCUCACAGAGUCAGCAUAAUCACAACUCUGAACCUCCCGUCUCCUCAAACCACACAACUACAAGACCUCCUGCAUCCCGGGGCCACACAUCAUCUGGACAUCUCCCAGGAGUGAGCACCUGUUAACAGAGACCUACCUGACAGUCAGGUGUGUCCUCAGCUGUAGAUGCCUCGCAAGUCUGAAUAGAAGGACUUAAACUCAAACCUGCAA